AUGGGCAACCUUACCUUAGUCUAUAUGUUGCUCGUGAGCCGUCAAGUACCAGUCUCGCAACAGUACUGGCGCAAAAGGAUCGGUACUUCACUUGCUGAUCGUUCGCGAGUUGAACUCGCUCUCUUGCCACGCCUUUCACUCACUCGCUUGAGUCGGACUCAAUCACUCUUUUUGGAGGAUCAUUCGUUCUUCACUCUCUUGCUAUUACCCGCAGGGAGCGCAGCAAGUGGCUGGCAAAGGCCAACCGAGAGGGGAGAACGAAUGGCUCAGAAAUCGACUGUUUCCGAGCGGACUUGUGGAGCUGCUGCUUGGAUUAUCUUAGAAUAA